AUGUCUCCUAGAUAUCCUAAGCUUGUAGCCUUGGACUUGGAUCGAACCAUCUGGACCUCGUACCUCAACGAUAAGAAGUUCGGCGAUCAUGGAUGGGUUCAUGGUGACUUGAGGAACAACCUCGAACUCGUGAAUCCAACAACGAUCAGGGACAAGAGGAACCACUCGCACACUCUUCAUCUAGCCAACGAUAUUCCUUGGAUCAUCCACGACCUCCAUUCGCAUGAUGUCAAAAUCGCCAUUGUCUCUCGGAACACGAACAAAGACUUGUGCGACAGAGCGAUGUGGCACUUCAAAGCCAGGGAUAAGCAUGGCAAGCUGAGGCCUCUCACUGAUUUCAUCAAAUACGACGAAAUAGUGAAUGAGCCAAAGGUGAAUCACCUCCGUCGGAUUCAUGGGUGGAGCAAGAUCCCUUACUCGGAAAUGCUAUUCUUCGACUCUCAAAUGAGCAACGAGAUCACGGAGGAACUCCUAGGAUUAACCUUCCACUAUGUUGCCGACACGAAGAGAGCUCUGACGAAGGAGGAGUACAAACGAGGUCUAGAGCUGUGGCGCCAUAACAGAAUCGAUGCAAGGCAUCAUUGA